GACAGCCACUGUGUGGCUGCAUGGUGGUGGCCUGCAUGUUGUUGUGUUGACUGCUGGUAUUAUUUUAAUAUAUACAUGCUGUGUUUGUUGGUGUUCUUUGCCUUUUUGAUUUUGUUUUAGCAGCAGCAGCAACUUCUUCUACAGCGAGCGACUGCCUUCAAUCGUGUUUACGCUGCGAACAGCUCUGGACGCAACUAGAAACGUGGAAAUUUAUACAAAAAGUGUCGACGAAAAAACAAACCAGAAAUAUAACCAAAAAAUUAAAUAAUAUAAAAAAAAAAAAUUAAAAAGUGCAUUUUAUAUUUAAAACGGAAAUAGCAAACAUUUUGUGUGGUACAUUUUCUCAAAGUACCUAAAAAGUGUACGGAAAGUAAAUUUCCUCUUGCAGCAGCAACACAACUAACAACAACAACGCCUUGUAACCAGACCGCCCACGCAAUAAAUUGCGACGAAUUUUUCUAGUGCAAAGCAAAGCGAAAUUUUUGAAUUUUUGCAACUGCAACUGAAUCAACAAAAACAACAACUACAAUAUGUUCAGCUCAUUCACAGACAGCUCCAAAUCCUCCCUCAAAAGCUUGGGCGACAAGACCGCCAACCUCUUCAGCCGCAAGAAGGAAGAUGUUGAGAAGCUGGCCAAAGAGAAGGCUGACAAUGCCGCUAAAAUGGCCGAAGAGCAGGCCAAGGCCGUAGGACAAUCGGUGCAGCAGACCAAGAGUGAGGCGGAAAAUUUGGCAGCUGGUGCAGCCAAGGAAGCCGCCGAGUUGGCAGCUGCUGAAGCCCAAAAAGCCGGUCAGGCCGUGAAUUCUGGUGUGAGCCAGGCUCAAGCCGCUGUUGAUCACUCUAAGCAAGCCAUCGAUAGCACCGUGCAACAGGCGAACGCUGCAGCUGCAAAUGCCAAGCAAGUGGCCGCCAAUGUAGCCGAAGCAUCACAGAAGGCCGCGGCCAAUGCCGUCGAUCAAACCAAGAAGGCCGCCAACGAUGCGAUCAACAAGAGCGUAAAGGCCGCCGAACAGACAGUCGAUACGAAAAUGAAGGAAGCGGAACAAGCUAUUGACGGUGUCGUUAAGCAGACUAGCCAAACGGUCGACCAGAAGAUGAACGAAGCCAAUCAAUUUGUCAGUCAUAAGCGUGAGGACUUGGAAAAGACCAUCCACGAUGGCGCCGCAACUGCUCAAGAAUCUGCCGGCAAUCAGGCAGCCAAUCUACUUGGUAAACUGCACCUCGGCAAGUAAGCAGAGAACAGUUAAAUUGUUUUGAGAAUUUACAGGAAGAGAGGAAGUAAGGAAGAAAGAAUGAAAGGAAGAAAAGAAGAUUGCACGGAAUGAAGAAGUAAACACGAAAGCGUUAGAAGUUUAGUUAUGUAAUUUGUAAUACAGAGUCAGUUUUAAAGUAGGCAGUGCGAAAAAAAUUAAAAAAAUAUAUUAAAUUAGCAACAACAUGAGCAAACACUUGCAACUACAGCCUAUGCACUUGUCGGAAAAGAAGAAAUCAAACUCAUUACAAGCCAUCAUAGAUAUUAAAAAAAAAUGUUGAACGCAAA